AGUUUAGAUAGGGCAGAUCAGGAGGAAGGAGGAAGAAGAAGAAAAGAAGAGAGAAGCAAGAAAAAUGCUGAAAUUCUUGUCGAAGGUGAAAAUAGAGUUCAAUGCCUUGGAUCAUCGGACAGCUGCGUGUAUGGAGUUUUUAGCGCAGUGUAACGCUCGCAAGGCCAAGGAAUCAAACCCAGCUUGUCAGCUUCUGGUGAAGCGCCGAACAGACGAACAACCGCCACAGAUCGUCGUUACUUUUGUCAAUGGCGUCGAGGAAGUUUAUGAUGCCACCUCCACCACCGCUCAGACUAUCAGGGCCAUGAUCCUUGAAAAAGGUCAGCUACUUGAGACCGAGCAAAUGUUCAAGGAAGCUGGUGAGAAGUGGCCCGUUAUCAUCCCAGAGGAAGAGAUUCAUCAACCAGCACCUGGUACUAAGCCCAGAAAAGCAGAAGAGAAGAAACAGUAACUACAUUAUCUGGUAUUGUUUUCAAUUGGAUUGAUCUGGGCACAGCUUAUAGUUUGAACUUACUCUCUAUAAUAAAGUGUUCCCAUAUCAUAAUGUGACUUUAAAUUGUGUGUAAACUAAACUUUCCUCAAUCAAUUCUAGCUAUUUCUGCACAACCUUUGUGGUUUUGAAUAUUAGUAUUUGGAACUGGAUAGAUCUCAGUAACAGAACAGUUGCUUUUUAGGAAAACAUUGUUAAUAAUCCAGUCAAGGGGAUUAUUAUUAUGCCUA